UCCUCACACCCAUCUGUCUCUCUCUCACACAUUCUCUCUCUCCAGCACUCACUCUCACUUCUCUCCUCAGAAAUACCGUCCGUGGAGCACCUCUUCUGUUUGCAGCACUGAAUAAGGCACCAUGCCGGGACUGAGGGACCAGACAGCACUGUCAGUUCUCUGUCUGUCCCUGCUGGUUCACUUCUGGACCGUAAACGGACUGACAGAACACAGCAACUCAGAGAUCAGCCACACAGCCCCAGAGCAACAUGUGGAGCACAGAAGGGAAACAACUGGAUCAGAUCUUCUGCAAGUGAAGAUAAUUCCAACCUAUGCAAAGAUUCAAGUUGGACAACACAAACGAUUUAUGUGCAAAGUUGAAGGGGUUGCAAAGGAGAUCAACUGGUUUUCUCCUAAUGGUGAGAAGAUUCUAACAAAAAGUGACAAUCUUGAGGUGCGCAGUCAUGGCAAUUCCCUGUCCUCGCUCAUUGUUCUCAAUGCCAAUUUAAACAAUGCUGGGAUGUACAAAUGUGCAGCCAGAAAUGGGGACACAGAAUCACAAACCACGGUCCAGCUGGACAUCAUUUCAAAAAGAAUGCGUCGAGAAACUGAGAGGGAGGGAAGAGGAAAACGACAGAAAGAGCCAAAGCCCACCAAGAAGCCCAAAGCUCCCAAACCCACCAAGAAACCCAAGGGCGAGAAGAAGAACAAAGGAGAGAAGGGUGGGAAGAAGAAAGGCAAGAAGAACAGGGAGGAAACCACCACCAUCACCACCACCACCACCACCACCACCACUUUGCCUCCAACAACCACUGUGGCUCUUGAGUAUGAUGAGGAGUUUUAUGACCCUGAACCUGACCAGUACUGGGAGGAAGAAUUUCUUGUAGAGACAACAACGAUGGCAAAGCCUACAGACCCCCCGACUGAGAAAACCACAGAAUUCCCAACAGACUUUCCUCCUGACACGGAUGAGUAUUCCCCGCCUUAUCCUGACUCAUAUGAUGACUAUUGGAAGGUGGAUGAACCCACACCUACAACCUCUGUGAUCGCUGGCCGUCCAACUGAAGAUGAUGAUUACUGGGAUGCUAGAUAUGAGGUGGCAGAAAACAUGCCUUUUCCUGAUGGCAAAGAGAUCAGCUCUACUGACAAAGACUGGCAUCACACUACCACAGAGGAGCCCACCGUCCCUCCGUUUGAAAACAACUGGUAUGAAGAAUAUGAAUACGGACAUGAAAAGAAACUGGAAGAGGAGAGGGAAAAAGAAAGGGAGAGAGAAAGACAAAGAAAAGAGCAAGAGGAAAAAGAAAGAGAAGAGAGGAGGCAUGAGGAAGAGGAGGAGAGAGAACGCAGAAUUCACAAACCUCCACCUCCACGCGUGUACAGAGAGCCUAAAAUUUGUCCUCCUCUGGGUAUGGAGUCUCAUCGCAUAGAGAAUGACCAGCUGCUGACUUCCUCUGUUUAUCAACAUCGCUAUGGCACGCACAGAGCUCGUCUCAAUAUUCAGGCAUCUGGUGAUGAAGAUGAUAUGAAUGGUGGGGCAUGGUGUGGUAACCCUGAAGAGAAGGCCCACUGGAUUGAACUAGACGCACGCACAUUAACAGAGUUCACUGGUGUUAUCACUCAGGGUCGAGAUGACCCCUUGGAGAGCGACUAUGUGUCUUCUUACUAUGUGGCAUUUAGUAAUGACAGCAGAGAAUGGAAUGUCCUUGAUGAUGGAUAUGCUGAAUGGUUAUUCUUUGGUAACUCAGAUAAAUCCACCCCAGUGUUGACUCAGUUUAUGGAGCCGGUAGUGGCACGGUAUAUCCGCAUCUUGCCACAGAGUUGGAAUGGCACCAUGUGUAUGAGGAUGGAGGUUUUGGGUUGUCCAGUAUUAGAUCCUCUCAGCCAGCACCAGAGUCAGAAUGAAGUGACCCAUCGAGAUGACUUAGACUACACCCAUCAUAACUACCUCGACAUGGAGAAGCUCAUGAAAUCCGUGUCUGACGAGUGUCCCAACAUCACCAGAUUCUACAGUUUGGGCAAGAGCUUUAAAGGUCAGGAAAUUUAUGCCAUGGAGAUUACUGACAAUCCUGGGAUGCAUGAAACAGGAGAGCCAGAGUUCAGGUACACAGCAGGUUAUCAUGGUAAUGAGGCUCUGGGAAGAGAGCUUCUUCUGAUGCUUAUGCAGUACCUGUGUAGAGAGUAUAAAGAUGGCAACCCUCGAGUGCGCCACCUUGUGGAUGAAACACGAAUUCAUCUGGUGCCAUCAGUCAAUCCCGACGGCCAUAUGAAAGCUUUUGAAAAGGGAUCAGAGUUGGGUAGCUGGACACUAGGGCACUGGACUGAAGAUGGCCAUGACAUCUUCCAGAACUUUCCAGACUUAAAUAACAUUCUUUGGGAUGCAGAGGAUAAGGGGAUGGUGCCCAAAUUGGCGCCAAAUCACCAUGUACCCAUCCCUGAGGGUAUUCUGUUAACCAAUGGCUCAUUUGCAGUGGAGACUCUUGCCCUUAUCUCCUGGAUGAAGAGCCAUCCAUUUGUGCUUGGUGCCAACCUGCAGGGUGGUGAGAGACUGGUGACAUACCCCUUUGACAUGCGCCGCCUCACCAAGGAGUCUGAGGAGAUGGAGAAAAAACUAAAUUAUAGAGCAAACAGACGUAAGCGACAGUAUGAAGAAGAGGAAGAAGAAGAACCCAACCCUUACCUUCACAUUGGCUACCAUCAGGAGAGCUACAGUGGCCCUCAAGAAAAUGCAUAUCAUCACGAGAACUAUGGGUACCAUCAAGAAAGUUAUGGGUAUCACCAUCAAAACCAAGGAUAUCAUGAGGAGAAUCAAGGGUAUCACGAUGGGAACCAAGGGUACCACGAAAGGAACCAAGGGUACCACGAUGGGAACCAAGGGUACCACGAUGGGAACCAAGGGUACCACGAUGAGAACCAAGGGUACCACGAUGAGAUCCAAAGGUACCAUCAUGAGGGUCACUCUGAAGGGUACCAUGAGGGUUAUCAAGAAGGAUACUCGGAGGGAUAUAGGGAGGGAUAUGGAGAGGGUGAACCAGAAGAGGAGAUCAGAGUGACUGAGGACCAAUCUUUGUUCCGCUGGUUGGCCAUAUCUUAUGCCUCUACUCACCGUACCAUGACUCAAACCUUUCAGGGAGGAUGUCAUACUGAUGACCCAACUGGUGGGAUGGGAACUGUCAACCGUGCCAAGUGGAAGCCCAUCCCAGGAAGUAUGAAUGACUUCAGCUACCUUCACACUAACUGUUUUGAGUUAUCUGUUUUCCUGGGCUGUGAUAAGUUCCCUCAUCAGAGUGAACUUUUAAGAGAAUGGGAGCAUAACAGAGAGGCCCUGCUGACCUUCAUGGAUCAGGUGCAUCGGGGCAUUAAGGGAGUUGUGAAGGAUAAGGAGGGCAACCCUAUUUCCAAUGCCACUGUGUCUGUGGAGGGAGUCAACCAUGACGUUAGGACAGGUGAUUCUGGUGAUUACUGGCGACUUCUAAAUCCCGGUGAGUACCGUGUAACGGCCCGAGCAGAAGGCUUCUCUCCCAUGACCCGUCUGUGUGUGGUAGGGUUUGAACCAGGUGCGACCUUGUGCAACUUUGACCUCAACAAAUCCAACUGGGACCGCAUCAAACAGAUCAUGGCUCUCCAUGGCAAUAGGCCCAUCCGAUUGCUGAACAGUGGCAACAGGGGUAGUGGACAACGCUAUACAUACAGCAAUAACCAAAUCCCAAAUUCUAAAUUCAGUAACGGUAAUGGUGGGGAAAUUAAUAGGGCUCGUCUUCGACGAUUACGGAUAAUGAGACUCCGCCGCCUAAGGCAACAGAGGCUUCUGGCCAACCAAACAACAAUACCACCUACCACUACCACGACAACCACGACAACCACAACUACAGUUGCACCUGCCACAGAGAGUGCAACUCUCUGGUAUGACUCUUGGCAUCCUGAGGAGCACACAACCAUUGAAGAAAACACAACCAUUGAAGAGAACACAACCAUUGAAGAGAACACAACCAUUGAAGAGAACACAACCCAACCAGAAGUGAUUGAUUUCACAGAUUCAAUGGACUACGACUACAAUUACAAGACAGAUGAUUAUUAAGAGCAAACUACAGGUCAGAGUUUUGCUCCAGAGAUUGAUUGUUUUGGAGUAGUAUAGGUCAUUGUUGCCAUGCUUUUUUGUGCCUUGGUUUGAUUGGAUGCAGUGACUGUGAAGAAAUACGAGGAAAGAGGUGUCACAUCUAGAACCAAAGAAUUCUGGCAACACUUAAAAAAAAGCUUUGCACAGUUUUGAAGUAAUUACACAUAAGAUUAUUUCAUAAUAUAAAUUAUCAAAUUGACCUGGUUGGAGGCAGCACUCAAUGGUUUGGAAAAACUACAAGUAGUAAGAAUAAUAAUGCUGUGUUUUCAUGGCUAAACAUCUGUACUAUACUACCAAAACAUAACAUAAACUUCUCAUAUGACCAUCAUGCCCACUGAGGGGAAAUGAGAAUGUUUUAAUGCAAGAAAUGUGGCUGUAUUACCAUUUCUUUCUCUCACCUUGACAGUCAGUGUUUGUUGAAGGCAAGUGUACAGGGGAGAGUUUCACCAUGUUUAAUGGUCUGUGCUAAAAGACUGUUUCUUUUCAGUAAAUAAAGUCUUUUCAUAUUCA